GGUCACCAGGCAACGAUAUACUCUGGAGUAGAGAAGCGCUGUAAGCAAUCAAGUCAGGGUCAACGACUUCAACUUCCAAAGCUUUCAGCAACUGAGAGCAAGGAUUUUGAGAGCUAAAACCAGGAUUUAAUAUCUCGCCUUUUCAAGUUUGUUUUUCUUGUCAGGCCCGCUUUUUGGCAAAGACAAACGACUGGAAUGGGGAUAAGGACCAUUGUCAGUUGUUGGUGUGUUUGAGCGUCUGUUUUCUUCUCGCCAACCACCCAACCAAUCCCGCCAAGUCCUACCGUACUCACAAGGAACUCCUGGGACGGACGCGCUCCACGAUCCAUAUCAUCGGUACCACGCAGCACUUCAUUCCGGUCCUCGGCCUCAACACCAUCUGCCCACUCACCACAGCUGGGUAACAUCUUCAGCAUCAACUCAGGAUGGCGGCACCCUCUGCUUCUCAAGUGAGAGCGCCUAAAGUGCCUGUGCUUGAACCUCUUGAGAAGGGACUCAACGAAAUACUUGUCCUCACCGGUAAGGCCUUCAGAGCAGCUGGCAAAGAUCCCAAGAAGGGAACACCGCAAGAGACAGCCGCAGCCAUCAACGCGCAGGUCCCGGCGGUGAUAGGAAGAUUCAACAAUGCCCUGGAUGAUCUAGAGUGUGAUCUCCUGCGAGCAAAAGCCGUCCUCCUUCGAGAUCUGAAUCAGUUGAAGGCAAACCAGAAACCACCUCCACCGCCAAAACAAAAGCCGGUAGCUCCUUCAGCUGCCUCCAUCCCGCCGGCGCCUAUAGAGUCGCCUGUCAUGGCAAAGAAAGCUCAGGUCUUCAAGGGAAAUAUGCCAGGCUCCAGUCGACCAGCGCCUUCGCCUGUGGCUGUUCCUGUACAUCCCACCAAACAGGAGAACAAACCAGUGGCACCCAUUCCAAACAUGGGGGGCAUUGAUCUCUCGUCUCCCGAACUGAAGCACUCACCCAGUCCGAAAACAGUCCCCCGGAGCAAGCCGGUGAAGAACUCACCGCAGUUGGCUUCAGUGGCUGCUGCUGCCGCUGCCGCAGGACGACCUGCCAGUGCUCCGCCCAAGAAGGAAUCCAAGAUCCUCCCACCGCAGAUCCCUAGGCCGGGUACUGCGGCACCACAGUUUCCUUCCGGGCCUGCUACCAUGCAGGCCAAAGCCGCUUCAGUUCCUGCUCGGAACAUGUCCGCAUCUCCAGCCAUGGCGAACAGCACGCCUGUUGCUGGAGCGGCACCACAACAAUCCCAGGGGCUUCCACAGGCCAGCAGCGACAACUUCUUCACCGAUAUGACCUUUACUGUUGCACCUUCAGCCGAACAGCCAGGUCAGCACCAGCAACCACAGCAAAUCGAUAUGAGCAAGCUUGAUGGUUCGAAUAACUUUGGUGUGGGGUCCGGAUCAUCGACCAUGGACGUUGACAACGAGAUUGACAACUUGUUUGAAGACAUAAGCAUGAAUAUGGACUACAAUUUGGAAGGAGGUGAUUCUGCGGGCGAUAACAGCAACUUCAACGACAUGUACUUUGACCUGGAGGCCAGCAGCGGUGCUACCACUUCGGGCAACAACAAUAAUAACGGCGGCGGCGGCAAUAAUCUUGGGCUGGAUGAUUUCGGGUUCCCUCAAUAAUGGGUGGUUAUGGCAGAGGUGCGGGGUCUGGAGUUGUUCUUUGAAGCGUUACGGCAUAGCGAAUGGAUCAAACGGAAGUUGCAGGCAAAGUCGAAUAAUUCUUGUGGUCUCUCUUUUAGUGGUGAUAUGAUAUUGUGUAGCACGAUGAUAAGAACAUGAAAUAUAUGCAAACGAAUUACUACUUGCAGGUCAACCCUCAA